UCGAUCCGGGACGCUGCGGAGCCGCCUAGGAAGGACGAUGUCGGGGCUUCGGGCGGUGCGGAUCAGCAUCGAGUCGGCCUGCGAGAAGCAUGUGCAGGAGGUGGGCCUCGACGGGAGUGAGACGUACCUGCAGCCGCUCUCCAUGUCGCAGAACCUGGCCCGCCUGGCGCAGCGCAUCGAUUUCAGCCAAGGCAGCUCCGGUUCCGAAGAGGACGAGCCCGCACCGGCCGGCGAGAGUCGCGACUGGCCCGGCGGGGAGGAGGAGGAGGAGGAAGGCCUGAUAAAAUUUCAGCCUUCUCUUUGGCCUUGGGAUUCAGUGAGGAAUAACUUAAGGAGUGCUUUGACAGAGAUGUGUGUUCUUUAUGAUGUUCUCAGCAUAAUCAAAGAUAAAAAAUUUAUGACUCUAGAUCCAGUUGUACAAGAACCACUUUCUCAGAAGCAGAAUCCUCAGGUUUUCCAAAUGAUCUCCAAGAAAAAGUCCUUAGCUGGGGCAGCCCAGAUUCUUCUGAAAGGAGCAGAAAGGUUAUCUAAAUCUGUUGCUGAGAACCAAGAAAAUAAGCGGCAAAGAGAUUUCAACUCAGAAUUGCUCAGGUUGAGACAGCACUGGAAGCUGAGAAAAGUGGGAGAUAAAAUCCUUGGAGAUUUGAGCUACAAGAGUGCAGGGUCUCUCUUUCCUCAUCAUGGCACAUUUGAGGUAAUAAAAAACACAGACAUUGAUCUGGAUAAAAAGAUUCCUGAUGAUUACUGCCCUCUAGAUGUUCAGAUUCCUAGUGAUUUGGAAGGUUCUGCCUAUAUUAAGGUAUCUAUUCAGAAACAAGCACCAGAUAUAGGGGACCUUGGUACAGUCAAUCUGUUUAAAAGACCUAUUUUGAAAUCUAAGCCAGGGGCUCUGCAUUGGCAAACAAAGCUGGAGACUGCACAGAACGUUCUUUUAUGCAAAGAAAUAUUUGCUCAGCUUUCUCGGGAAGCUGUGCAAAUCAAAUCACAAAUUCCUCACAUUGUUGUGAAGAACCAGAUCAUUUCCCAGCCCUUCCCAGGCUUGCAGCUAUCCAUUUCCUUGUGCCACUCCUCAGAAGACAAGAAAUCCCAAAAAUCCCCCUCCGAGAGGCAAGCUCCAGAGGAUGAUCUUUAUGUUUUAGAACAUAAUCUGCACCAACUGAUCAGAGAGUUUCACAAGCAGACCCUGAGCUCCACCAUGAUGCCUCAUCCAGCUAGUGCUCCUUUCGGCCAUAAAAGAAUGAGACUGGCAGGACCUCAGGCUUUUGAUAAGAAUGAAAUCAGCUCCUUGCAACCCAGUGAGGGGCUGCUGGAGAAGAUCAUAAAGCAGGCAAAGCACAUCUUUCUGAGGCGCAGAACCGCUCAAACGAUUGACAGUCUUGCCAGCCGUAUCGAGGAUCCCCAGAUUCAGGCCCACUGGUCCAACAUCAGUGAUGUCUACGAGUCAAGCGUCAAGGUUCUCAUCACCUCCCAAGGUUAUGAGCAGAUAUGCAAGUCCAUUCAACUGCAGUUGAAUAUUGGCAUUGAACAGAUUAGAGUGGUGCACAGAGACGGAAGAGUGAUCACCCUGUCCCAUCAAGAGCAAGAGCUACAAGAUUUCCUUCUUUCUCAGAUGUCACAACAUCAGAUUCUUGCAGUUCAGCAGCUGGCCAAAGUUAUGGGGUGGCAUGUGCUCAGUUUCAGUAAUCACGUGGGGCUGGGCCCAGUAGAGAGCAUUGGGAAUGCAUCUGCCAUAACCAUAGCAUCACCAAAUGGAGACUAUGCUAUUUCAGUACGUAAUGGUCCGGAAAGUGGCAGCAAAAUUAUGGUGCAAUUCCCACGAUGUCAGUGCAAAGAUCUCCCUAAAAGUGAUGUGUUGCAAGACAAUAAAUGGAACUACCUGCGUGGCCCCUUCAAGGAAGUCCAGUGGAACAAAAUGGAAGGGCGCAACUUUGUGUACAAAAUGGAACUCCUCAUGGCUGCCCUGACCCCUUGCUCCUAGACAAAGUGAUAAUCCAAGGGGAUGAUGAUUCUGAGACCAGCGUAAACAAAGUGAAUGUUUGAGAACAGGGCAUACAUUCCAGAAAGCAAUGUUUCUGACAACUGUAUGGAUUUCUCUUUAGUGCUAUUUGAUUACAUCUUUUAUUGCAUAUGCUCUUUGCCAAGGCUGAGAAACACUGCUGUAUGCUGUAUACAGUCUGUCCUGCAAAUUCUGAAUGUUCAAUUAAACUCUGAGAACUUUUGAAAUAAUUAGCCACAUUACUUAAGUUCAAGUUUUAUUAAAUACUUUGUACAAAGGACAUCAAAUUUACAUUUAUGUUUUGUACAUUUAUGUUUCGUACAGUUACUUAAUUUGCUUGGUUACAUCUUUUGAAAAAUGUGUUAAUAUCAUAUUAACAAGGGGAAUCCAGAAUUUUAUUUGGAUCAAAAUAGUAUUUUGCCAUAGCUAUUCUUGGUUUGGCUUGCUCAGGAGCAGAAACAGUGGCAUUAUUGAAAAAUCACUUACAGGCUUGGGUAAUGUUUAAAACCAUUUGCUAAAAAUGAGAGUAAAAAGUUUGCAGACUUAUUCAACCCACUCAGGACUAAUAUCUACAUAGAGUUUACGAGCAACUGCUAUUGAGUUAAAAAUUGAUACAUCCAUUUGGGAGGAGGUUUCAUGGGACGUCUUAGCUAUAGUGAAAAUGUUGGUGCUACAGAAUGGUUCUAUUCCUAUUUGAUUAAAUAUAUUUUCUAAUUUUUUAAAAUAAUGAAUCAGUAUCACUCCUGAAACAUCUGCAGCAGCCAAAGAUGAAUAGAGUCCUAUUACAUCUGGAUGAAGUUUUUAACAGUAAUGGGACUGUCUUAUGUGAUUUCAGUCCGAAGAUAUAUACAGUUAGGAAGUAAAAUGUCAAGACAGGAAUGGAAGUAAACGUUAGAAGUCUAGGUUAAAAUCCAAACCCAGCCAUAUAUCUAAACUGGCCUUGCCACAACUUAGUAAUAAGGAUGCAAUGAGGGGAAAUACAAAAAUAAACGGAAUGUUUAAUAUUGCCAUCAUAAAAUAUUGGAAGUUAGUGAUACCAGAAAUUUCCAGAUAAUAAUUUUUUUUUUUUAAGACUCCAUCAGUAACUGUUCGAUGUUGGUAGUAGUUGGAACCUAAAACCAUGAUAAUGUAUUUUCAAAUAUAAUUUAAUAAAGAAUUGCAGCUUUUCUAAAA